AUGGCAGACAAUUUGGAAGAAAACGAAGAUAUAAAUGUUUUGCAGCAGCUAGAGCAAUUCUUCCAAGAUAUUGAUAACCUGUUGAGUAUGUGCGACCAAGAAAGAAAUACGAUAUCCUGACCCUUGAUCGAGAGAAUAAUAAGCAAGUUAGAACUGAGUAUAGAGGUAAUACUGAAAUUAUUCCAUUACUAAUUGAGAGUAGAAGUAUCGUGAAUGAAAUUGGCACAAAUCUUCAGAUCAUCCGUCGUGAUUGGUGUAGGAAAAUUCAUGAAUUGGAGUUACGACGUCUGCCUAAUUGUACCCAUUUAGCUGUAUACUCGCUUUAUCCACUACAAGUGACAGCCUCAGAAGGACCUGGAAGACCGAAGUACGACAUUUCGGAGGAAAUAUUACUUAAUCUUAGAGCCCUGGGUUACUCCUGGAAAGAAAUAUUGUCUCUUCUUGUUUCACGAACGACUUUGUGGCAAAGAGUUGCAGAGCUUGGAAUAAGAGAGGAAACAGGUUUUUCUAACAUUUCUGAUGAACAACUUGACCAAUUUGUUGAAGCAUUUAUUGAUACCCAUGUUUUCCAUGUUGGAUUUCCAAUGGUCUAUGGUCAUCUUCGUUCCACUGGAUUGAAAGUGCAGAGAGAUCGUGUUCGUGCUAGCUUGAGAAGAGUGGAUCCAGAAAAUUCUGGCUUAAGAUGGGCCACAGUAAUCACUAGACGAACCUAUUCUGUACCUGGCCCCAAUAGUCUUUGGCACAUAGACGGUCACCAUAGUCUAAUUAAUUGGGGAUUUGUAAUCCAUGAUGCCAUUGAUGGAUUUUCACAGCUUAUUUGUUUCUUAAAGUGUUCUACAAACAAUAAGAAACUGUUGAAACUUUGUUUAUUGAAGCUACUGAGAAGUAUUCUUGGCCGUCAUGUGUAA